CCUUUCCUCAUCUCCACCCAUCACCGUCUCUUUUCAACCUUGUUUAUAUCUGCAUAUAUAAAGACAUCUUCGUCCCCCACCACUCCUCCCCCAGACGAAAUACUCUCUUCAUCCACAUCUGCUUUCCUCCCGUCAUACUCGCCCAUCAUCACAACCCACAAGCACAAGAGACAGGAGCUCCGUUCUCUUCUCCGUCAUAUCUUCUUGCUCUCACUAUACUUGCUGCCUUGCACUGUCGCCCACCAUGUGCGACUUCACUAAGAACUACUACAUCUAUACGUCUUGUGUAGACCCUGGUGCACAUUUCUUCCGCACCUCGGUCGACGGUUCCCGGAAGCACAAAUGCUCCAAAGGACCCCAUGAGCGUUACAUCAUGCUUCCCGGAGAAUGUCCACUGUGCUGCGGCUGAACGGCCGGUUUUCUUCGGCGCACGAUGUCGACAAACGACGCGGGCUGGAACACUUUGAGCUUGCUAAAGUGUACGACUCUG